AUGUCCUCCUCUACCUUCUCAUCCGCCCACAGGCUCUAUGUCAAGUCGCUCUACAAACGAUACCUGAAAAACGAGCUCGAUUGGACAGUCACCAGGAGUAUUUGGCGGGCCAAGGCCCUUUUGAUUAGAGCAGAGUUCGAGAAAAACCGUAAUGUGCAUGAUCCUCGAGCACUGGCCGUAAUUUUGGAGAGAGCAGAGGCGGAACUGGCAGCGAAAAAGCACCCUGACCCAUACAUUAGUCCUCUAUUCCCUAAUGGUACCAAAUGGGAACGAAACACUCCCCCUCCUAUGGGUCCUCUAUACGAUCAUGAAUCGGCCGAAGCUGCCCACUAG